AAUUGAUUUCAGUCAUUGAUAAUAUAAUGUGCAGAGACAAGGGAUCUUCAGUUAAAAUGCUCAAUUUUAAACUAAACUAAAAAGCUAAAACAAAUCAAAUAAUUGAUUGACUUUAGCAGACUUCAGUAUGUAGCUUGCGGCCAUUAAAAACUUGCCAAAUCUUCUAAUUUCAGAUAGCUUUGGGCAGAGGCAGUGUAAUGGCCUAGGACAGCAUCUCACUCACUGGAAAAACGAGUGUGGGUCAAACUCUAUCUUCCAAGAUAUCAACGCUUACCACCACAGAGUGGAGUUUAUCAGAGACCAUCUCCAGAAUUUGGAGUGACCAACACAGCAACAUUAGCUGACUUGUAGCAAAUAAUGGUUGAAGAAAAGGAAUGCCAUCCCACAUCAGUGUGUGACCAAGCUGGUGACCAACAUAAGGAGAAGGUCUGAAUGUCUUGUGUUUCGGUGUCAGUUGGAGUCGGGCAAGAUGGAGUGACAAAUCGAGCGCUCACUUUACUACGCACCAUGCUGUUUUCGGGCAGAAAUAAGAAGCUUGUUUCUAACUCUAAGACGGUGCUCUAUGCACAGCCUCUGCAGUUCUAUGGACAGCCCCCUCUUGAAAACAUCUCUCUCUCUGAAUUUGAGAGUUUCGCUGUUGACAGACUGAAACUGCUGAAGACCGUGGAGAAUUUGGGAGUGAGCUAUGUCAAAUACUCAGAACAAUACUCAAAGAAACUGGAAGCUGAGUUGAAAACACUGAACUUUCCAUACAGGACAGAAGUUGACGACCCUGAGAAACAACGAAAAGACCACAUUUCGCACUUCAUUCUGAGGCUGGCCUACUGUCAAACGGAAGACCUGCGGCGCUGGUUUAUUCAACAGGAAGUCGAUCUCUUCAGAUACCGCUUUAAUAAACUGAGUUGCAAAAAGAAACUAGAAUUUCUCCACAACAAUAACCUCCAGUACAAUACAAUUAGUGUCGAGGAGAAGAAUCAUCUGAAGGAGAAACUCCUCAUCUCCAGUUAUGGCAUCAAUGGAGUCACUUUGGAGGAGCAGGACUUCUAUAAAGUUCCUUUUCAAGAUGCCCUUGACCUGGUGCGAACAAGAAAAGUGUACCUCAAAGAAGGUUAUGCAUACAUUCCUCACAAUGAGAUCGUCGCCAUUGUUCUCAACGAUUUCCGCACAAGGCUUUCUAAAGCUCUUGCACUGACAGCCCGCUCUCUACCAGCAGUGCAUUCUGAUGAACGUCUCCAACCGCUUCUUAACCACCUCAGCCAUUCAUAUUUGGGACAAGAUUACAGCGUCCAAAAGAAUGUUGGCAAAAUCUCCUUGGAGCAAAUUGAUUCACUUGCAGGGAAGUCCUUCCCGCUCUGCAUGAGGCAGCUCCACCAGGCCCUCCGUGACAACCACCAUCUUCGCCACGGAGGCAGGAUGCAGUACGGUCUCUUCCUCAAAGGCAUCGGCCUCUCUCUGGAGCAGGCACUGCAGUUCUGGAGGAUGGAGUUCAUACGAGGCAAAGUGGAUGCAGACAAGUUUGACAAAGCAUAUGCCUACAGCGUCCGCCACAUGUUUGGCAAAGAAGGCAAGCGAGCAGACUACACUCCCUACAGCUGCAUGAAGGUGAUUUUAUCAAACCCACCGAGCCAAGGCGACUAUCAUGGAUGUCCAUUCCGUCACAGUGACCCAGAACUGCUGAAGCAGAAGCUUCAGUUCUACAAAGUGUCUCCCAGUGGAGUCAAUCAGAUCCUGGAUCUGGUCAAAGGAAUGCAUUAUCAGCUGGCAUGCCAAAAAUACUUUGAAUUGACCCACAAUGUUGAGGACAGCACUUUCUCUCUCAGUCACCCCAACCAGUACUUCAUAGAAAGCCAGAAACAUUUGGGUGGAGGCAAAGACGUGAAGCGAGAAAUGGACACGCCGCAGAGGUCACAAGAAAACUCUGCCGCCAGAGGAUCCUCUGCAGCUCAAGAGCCAGCAGUAAACGAAUCCCAAUAUUUGGCAGAGAUGACAAAGAACCUGGAGACUUACUUUUGAAGAUCCCUGAUUUCUGGUUUUAUUCAUGUGAAAGUAAGUGCUUGUCCCUGGUAUGAGGGUCAGGGAUCUUGCUGAUUCAAAACUGUAUCAUCUGACCUGUUAAAGUAAUAAAUAAAUACCUUAAGUUGUUUCAGUCAUUCAUGCAGUUCCUUUGCAUAUUUUGCCACAUUAGAGCCACAAAUAUCAAGGAUUUUAUUUGAUUGACCAAUACGCUAUUGUGAAAAUUUGUAAAGUAAUAAAAAGGAUGGUUUAUAAUG